UCGCUCACCUGCUCAAAGCUAUCAGCUUGGAUCUUGUUCGCCGUCCUCCUUCAGAUCCUCGGUCUCUCUCUCUUCGUCUUCAGUUUCUUUCCGGUCAAGCCAACUCUCCGUGGCAAAAGGUUAAGAGUUUUCAUCAACAGUUCCCCAUUUUUUAGGGCAAAAGAUUUUUAGGGCAAAGAUAGGACUCAUGAUUCUAGCCUAUCGAUUCGUUGAUUUCUAAUCCAGUGGACUCGAGAGCUACACGAUGCCGACCUGUGAUCCCGUCGUCUACUCUGAAGAGAGCGAUUUAUCCCCGGAUCAGCUCAGAUCUUUGUACGAGGGAAUGUCUGGAGUUCCUCCUGCAUUCGAUCGGUUAAUUUUGAUGCUUAGGUUGUGGAUGGUUUGCCUGCUGAGUUCGUGUUGGGAAGAGGUGAGAAGCCUCCAAGUAGGUCAAUGAUGGAUGCUAUGCCCUACACCCAGUCUCUUUUGUCGAGUGGAAAGGCGAUUGGAUUCCGAGCAAAAGCUGCACCUCCUACAGUUACUAUGCCAAGAUUGAAGGCCAUGGUUUCCGGGGCGAUUGGGAGUUUUCUUGAUGUGGCAUUCAACUUUAACACCCAGGCGCUUCUGGAUGAUAACCUCCUUGAUCAGCUUUAUCGUAUUGGUUGGAAAAUGGUGAUGCUUGGAGAUAACACAUGGAUAAAAUUGUUUCCUAGAUUGUUUACUAGACAAGAUGGCGUGCACAGUUUCUUUGUGAAGGACACAGUCGAGGUUGACUUUAAUGUUUCUCGUCAUCUGGAAGCUGAGCUUGCUGCUACUGAUUGGAACCUUCUGAUUCUUCACUAUCUUGGCUUAGAUCAUGUAGGGCAUAUUGGCGGGCGCCGGAGUAUGUUGAUGACCACAAAGCUGAAGGAGAUGGAUGAAGUUAUUAAGAUGAUUCACAUUCGCAAAAUUUUGCAUCAAGAUAAUUUGGACAACCGCACCCUCCUGGUGCUAGUUAGUGACCAUGGCAUGACGGAGGGGGGAAAUCAUGGAGGAUCCUCUUAUGAAGAAACUGAUUCCUUGGCUCUUUUUAUUGGUGGAGACUCUACGAAGUUAGAUUAUGCACCCCAUACACAAAAUAAAUCUUUUCAAGUUGACUUAGCUCCAACAUUAGCCCUUCUUCUUGGUGUGCCAAUUCCAACAAAUAAUAUCGGAGUCUUGCUGAUGGAAGCUUUUAGUUCUUUAACAGAUAAGCAAAUGCUGCGGGCUCUGCAGUUAAAUUCCUGGCAAUUAUUAAGACUAUUGCAAGCACAUUUACCCGGUUUCCUCUGCAGUAAUUUGCUUUAUAGGAUCAGUGGCAAAACUGAUUCUCAAGUUAAUGGCAUCACGAAUAAUACGCAGGAAAGAUUAUAUUACUUAUUCUCAAAAGCUUCUGCUGCACAUAAGUUAUGGGAACAACAGCAGCAAAGUUCCGACUAUAUGAUUAAUAAUACUGAUGACUUCAAAGUUAUCAUCACAUUAUACUAUGAUUUUCUAAGAAGUGCGAGUGAGUGGCUAUCGCACAAAGCAACUGAUAAGCCUUUUAACUUGCUUCUAUGUGGAGUUGCCAUCAUGGUCACCUCCUGCCUUCUACUGCUGAAAUUGUUGUCUUGCGUGUUCAAAGAAGUUUUCUCAAGGCAAAAGCAAAGCCCUUCUCUGGUGAAAGAGUGCAGUGAUAGCUGGCAUUUGGAUGAGCUAUUCGUUGCUUUAGCAGUCUUGAUCCAUGCUAUCAGUCUUAAUUCAAGCUCCAUGGUUGAAGAAGAGCAAUACACAUGGCACUUUUUAGUAUCCACGCUGUAUUUGAUAUUUCUCCUCACCGCAGUCCAGUCUCUCUUUAACAAAAGAUCAGAUGUUACCACCCGCGAAUUUGCAGAGUUGAAAAUUAUGAAGGAUUAUCAACAGAUAUUAUCUAUCAUUAUUGUGCUCAUUUGUGGAAGGCUUUUGAGAGGUUGGCAUCAAGGUGGUGUGAACUGGGUUGAUCUUCCUGAUAUCUCAAAAUGGCUUGAGCAAGUUGGUGUUCCCUUUAUUAAAUCAUUGCAGAUAUUCUCAUUAAUUUUUCUGAUGGUCUUAGCUUCAUAUUUCAUUGGUUUAAUAAGGUCAAGGACAGUUUUAGUCGACUUAAUCAUUGUUGCUCUUCUUGCAUCUGGAUUAUUGGUUUGUUUUCGUAUUGUGGAAAAUUGGAGCCAAUCUGAGGUAUCAGAUAGUCACAGUUCCAAUUCAGUAGCUCAGAUAUUUUAUUUAAUCACCAGUGUGACAGUAGCGAUAACUGUAUUGUCAGCACCUUGGAUUCCGCCUGUUCAGUUAAAGAUUCAACAUGUGAAAGAUUCUGAUUCUCGUUCAAGCAAUAUAUCGAUUGAUCCUAUCCUGGUUGGUAUAAAUGAUUCUAUGUAUCUUAUUGGAAUGGCAUAUGCUGCAUCUUGGUGUCUUCUGCAGUUGCUUAUACAGCAACCAAUAAAUUCGAUUCCUGUACUACUGAUUUUCUCACAACUGAUUGCCAGCAUAAUCUAUUUUUCAGCUGACAGAUCAUGUCACAGACAAUGGGUUGAGGUUAUUGCGAUAUACUUCUUGGGAAUGGCAGGUCAUUUUGGUUUAGGGAAUAGCAAUAGCUUAGCCACAAUUGACGUUGCUGGAGCAUAUAUAGGUAUCUCAAGCCACUCGACAAUAGUUUCUGGCGUUCUGAUGUUCUUUAUUACAUACGCAUCUCCAAUACUAUCAUUUCUCAGCAUGGUCAUGUACAUAUCUCUGAAGAAUACGAGACAUGUCUCCUCCACUAAUUACUUAGAUUUGGGUUGCAUACUUCAAACUAUGAUAGGAUUUCCAUGUUUGCUUCCUCUGAUCCUUAACUCAAUUGUGUUAACCACAUUCACCAUCGUGUUGUUGCUUAUGAGAGACCACUUGUUCAUCUGGAGUGUCUUUUCACCAAAGUACGUGUAUACUUGCGCUACGACGCUAAGUGUGUACGUGGGCGUAUUAAUCAUAGCGAUGACUGGAGUUUACGUCUGUGCUGUCGUUUCAUUUAGGGCGAAAGCCCUGCGUCUGAAAAACUGUAUGAAAGAUUCAAGUUGAAGAUUAUUAUAACUUGUCGCUUCCUUAGGUAAUGGAAAACGUUUUUUGUCUCGCGCUUUAACGCGCGAGCCAACUCGCGCAGAGACAAAGGGGUGGGACCCACUGUGCUAGUGGGGCCCACCCCUGUUUCUGUGCGAGUUGGCACAGUGGGUCCCACCCCUGUUUCUGUGCGAGUUGCCUCGCGCGUUAAAGCGCGAACCAAAUAGCAGUGUUGUUAGGUAAUAUAUAAAUUUUGAGAGAAGAAUGUGUUGUAUCGCAUCUCUUCCUUCUACAGGCCUGGUCUUUUUUCCCUUCUGUUGUAAUUUUGAUACGUUAAUUCAUGAAAAUAUCAUUUUUGAGUGUACUCA